UAUGCGACCAUUUGGACCCACGUUGAUUACAGAUAUUUGUAAGGGCAAGUUUUGAAGUGUGCUAGUACGUUAGAUAAGCCAAUGGCCCCGAUAAAUCGUAAUAUGAAAAAUCAAGGGAAGCAGUUUUCGAAAGGUAGCAGAAAGAAUGACACAAAUAGAGAACGACCCGUUUUUGCUAAAAAUAAGCGUAAAUGGGUUCCGGAGCACAAAGUCUUCGACGGUAGUGUACAAAAAGGACAGGGUUUUGCUUUUAAAAGGAAACAAAAAAUGCAGUACGAGUACAAAAAGCUCCUCCGUAAGGAGCGGCUCACUUCGAGGACCAAAACACAGUUUCAAGAUCAGUAUCCAGACCACUUAAAGCAUCUGUACCUGGCCGAAGCCGAGAAACUGAAAAAUGAAGAGGAAAUGAACCGACUGAAAAGGAGGAAAGGUCAGGAAGCUGUUUUUGAGGAAGACUUCGCUGAAGAUGACACAUCCAAGGCAUCCAGAGCCCCAGUUCAUCCAGAGCCUGCAUCUCUCCAAAAAGAUAACCGUUUCCCUACAGUAGGUCAUUCAGGAUCUGUUGAACCAAGCAGUACACUGAAUAAAAAGAAAAUGAGAAGAAAGACGUCUUAUCAGAAGACCCAAGAAGAAUAUGAGAGGAUCCGUGAGAAACGUGCCGGGAAAAAGGAGGCAGCCAUGAGGAACAGAAAGCAGAGAGAAGAUGCACUGAAGAUAUACAAGGAAAAGAAGCAGGAGAGAUACAAGAUCCUCAGCAGAAAGACCAGGAAAGGUCAGCCCAACCUGAAUGCUCAGGUGGAAUACCUGCUUCAGAAAAUCCAGGGCGAAAGGAAAUAACAGCAAAAUGAAAUGUGCAACUUGUGGACUCUUAUGUGACUGUCGUACCUGAGGAAAAAGCAAUACGGAUUCAGCAGAAUGGCUUAUGGAAGAUUAAAAUAACUACACUUAAAGCAAGCUGAAAGGAACAGUUUUUACCCAUUAAAAAGAAUUGUCAGUAUUACAGUAAUUUCAUGUAUUUUUUUAAAAUACACUUUGAGUUUAAGUAAUUUGUGUUUUAUGGAUUUUCAUAUGGACAUUUUCCUGUUACUUAAACUGCAAGUUUCUGAAACUUAUUGUCAGCCACUUACACUCACUAAAGUUAUACCUUAGACCUUAGUAUCUUUAUUGCGUGCGCGAAUAUAUAUAUAUAUAUUAGUUAUCGCGCAUAUAUAUAGAAUAUAAAAUUUCUGUGGUCUGUGGUACUGCUACUCAUAUUCCGUCCUGUACUUCAAAGCUUGCCAUUGCGGGGGGGGGGGAUGUUGCUGCCUUAGGUAGGUGGACGCUCUCAUGCGAAGGUUUGCCCUAAAAUAUUUUAUUGUAAAAUGAUUGUGUCCAGUAAUGGAAUGGCUGUGUGUUACCCAUGGAAUAUAGUUAGACUGUUGUGAAGUUUAGCAGUAGCAAGUGAUCAUGUGACCACCAGAUGCUGGUUGGUGUAACUUGCAGUAUUGGUGUGGUAACUUCUGCUAUGUACAAGUUUGAUGGGUCCUGCCGCUCCUGUUGCCUUUUUAUGAAAAACACUUGAAAUUACACUGGGGCCAAUAAGAAACUAAAAGCUUAUUUUUCUGUGGAGUGCAGAUAUUUACUACGAAUUUUAUUUAUUUGACACAUCAGAGGACCGACAAAGUUGUUUGGGUAAAGGCCGGGACACGCUGGAAAUCCUGUGCGUUUCAGCCCCGACAGCAUGUAUAGAUUAGCGUCUUCCUUCGCGGUUAAGGCGGUUGCCUGCCUGGGAUGAUGUGAGGACGCUCGCUGCUGCACUUUCGGCCGCUCAGGACGUGCAGUGCGGACGCCGAUCGCCCACCGCAGCCCUGACAGGUGCGAGGCGCGGGUCCGCCGCAGAGACACUGCGCAUGCUCUGCGCGCCCGCGUCGCUAUAGUUACAGCUGCCUAAAUUAAUGUAAUCGGGGACCCUCCCCCGGCCCCAAACACACUGCAUGCAGGACCAAGAGUGUUUUUGCGCUAGGCUCUUUUAUUCAAAGUGCACCCGGGGCAACGGCCGGAUUUAAACGCGUUCCGACGCUGGCCAUCGUUUCAUCCUCCCCACCUAUAAAGUUUAUAAAGUCUUGAACUUAAACGUCUGACAUUUGCGCCGCUGAAAAGUGACUGACAACUUGCGUCUUUUCGAGUAAAAGUAACGGUAAGAUCAUUUACGGCUGUUUUGCAUAUUCCUGCUUGAUGCGCGUAUAACAAUGUUUAGUUUUUGUCUUAUUUUUCCUGUUGCUGUGAGAAGUUAAGUGGAGAGUGGGAAGAAUAAAUGCAAUUAUGAAGUUUUAACUAA